AUGAUUGUUUAUUUAUUUGAUAAACUUAACAUAGCCAUGUAUUUCUUUGAUCAAUUAUUGAUUGUAAGUGCUGCGAUAAAUAAUGAUAGUUUAAGCGCAGAAAUAUCUAAUCCUGAACAUGCAAGAUAUCAUAAUAAUUGUCUAACACCAGUAGAAGGAAGAAAAAAGAGGAAAGCUUGCUGUGGUGGGUCAGAUGCAAUUUUAUCACAACCUGAAUGUUGUUUGGUGUUACAGAGCGAUACAGAGAAUGAAAAUAGUGGCCAUUUACUCCUUGAAGGUGAGACCAUAUCAAAAAGAUUAUGUAAAAAGUCAAAAUACGACUUUACAGUAGAAAAGAAAUGUGCAAUUAUGAAAUCAGAGAGCAAUAUUAAUUAUUUGGAUGGGUUAACAAGACCAAUAAUCAAAAGAACCAAAACAACAACUACAUAUACUGAAUACACUGAACAGAUCCUUGAAUUGGAUUUCAAGAAUCCAAAGGUGUUCAGGGAAUUGGUUAAAACACUGAUAAAAUAUAUGAAGAAAAAGGAUGAUACGGCUAUGAAGAAAUAUCUGAUGCGUCAUGGAUUCAUUCUAGUGACUAAGCACAAAAAGACAGCAAUUUAUGUAAGUAGCUGUUUCUGUUUAAAGAUUAAUAUUGCACCAAGGAGCACAGAACUAGAACCACUCAUGUUAUCAAUGGUGAAAAGUGAUCAUGUAUUAAGGCAAUAUUGUUUUGAAAUAUGUGAUGUAAAGAGACCGCAAACUACGUAUAAUCAAAGAAAGUACGAGGAUAAUCACACAGUAUGCUUUAUGCUACUAGAAAAAUUAGAAUUUAUUUCAUCACGAAACAUGAUCAAGUCAGAAAAUGAUGUCAGAAUUUUUGCACGCGAUUUGUUGCAAGGAGUAGCAGAUCUGCACAUGUAUCAUCUGGUUCAUACUGAUAUCAAAAUGAACAACGUAAUGGGACGAAAUGAAAAUGGAAGAAUAGUUUGGAAAUUGAUUGAUCUUGAUGUAGCCUGUAAAACGCAUUUUGGAAUGUACAAAUGCCUUGGAUCGUGGUGUUUAAAUCACUGGUUCUUUCCACCUGAAUAUGCAUUGAAAAGGAUAUUCACAGAACAGGGUGAUGUAUGGAGUGUAGGAAUUCUGCUUUAUCAACUGUUAUUUUUCAAUAGAAAAGAAGCAAUGGUUCGAAAUAGCUUGAAGAGACAGCUGAAAUCACAUUUUGGAUACAGAUACUUGAAUAUCAGAAAGGUGGAUCUAACAAGCAGAAUAUUGAUCGAAUAUCCUGAUGAUAUUUCAGAAAGUUGCAAGGAUUUCAUCAACAAAAUGUUGAUUGUUGAUUAUGAUAAGAGACCAAGUGCUUAUGAAAUGCUUUCUCACAGAUUCCUAAAGAAUUAA